AUGAUAAAAAGGAAGUCGAUAUCGCUCUUGCGGGCAUCGAGGCAGCCGUCUCUCUGCUGGCGCUGCACAACCUCUCUAGCAACCUUCCGUCCGCUUCCUCUCGCUCACCGAAUAGCUGCCCCUCGACAAAUCCACACCACCCAUUCCAACUAUGCAAACCCUCUACCCCUCGGUGGAACCGUUGAUGGGCCCCCACCGGACCCACCAGUCCCCCAACCCGAAUACAUAACUCGUAACCGUCUCCGACAAGCCGCCAUUCCCAAACCUCGUACCGAACGUUUCUGGGAAGAUGUUCACCUCAAAGUAGUCGACGGAAGGUAUCAAAUCCUUCUAGACGCCCGGUCUAUCAAGACGUCAGCGAAAAACGAUGUAUCAGUACCGGUCAACAAACCAUUGCUGGCGUAUGCUCUACAAGUCGAAUGGGCGACUAUGAGAAACUCAAAGGAGGCUUUGAAGUCACAUUUUAUCCCGUUGACGUCGUUGACUUCUCGGGCUAUUGAUCUAGAGGUUGCGGAGAAGGAUUCGGCCUCUGUUGAGACAAUCGAGGCUACUUCAGAGGGAGAGGAAGGGGGGGAGGUUGAUGUCAGGAAUACGAGGGAACAAAUCACGGACUUUGUUAUGGGUUAUUUGGAUACGGAUACGGUAUUUAUGAUCAGUCCGACCAGAGGGGGGCAUUUGGCCGCAGCUGGAGAAAAACAACUACGAGACCGACAACUAGACGUAGCCCAUGAUAUCAUCGAAUGGGCACAAGAGAAUAUCCCGGUACCGAAAGGCGAAGACAAGUUAGACUUCGUGCUAUCGGACGGUGACCAUGGUAUCCUCCCUAGCAGCCAGUCGGAUCGAACAAAACAAAUACUGCGAGAUAUGAUCUCAAAAUUCUCGGCGUGGGAACUAGUCGGCCUAGAGUGCGCCGUGAUCCUCAGCAAGAGUUUACUUGUCGCUCUAAGGCUAGUUAUGGAAAACAGAAAGACUGCAGAUAUAAAAUGGGACGUGGAAGACGCCGCAAAAGCAUGCAAUCUAGAAACAGACUUCCAGAUCGAACAAUGGGGGCUUGUGGAGGACACACAUGAUGUCGGCCAUGCCGACCUACGGAGGGGUCUUGGAGCCGUUGUACUACUCGUCUCCGAGCUCAACAUCCCACUGCCAGAACAGUAA